AAUAUUACAAAAAAAACUAUAAUAUGAAGAGAACAAUAAAAUAAUUAAAUUCUCUUUUAUUUUAAAUCAAUUUUUUAAAAAAAAAUAAAUACAUAUUUUUGAAGUAUUUAACCAUUUUUUGUGGGGGCAUAUUUUAUUCAAUAACUUUAUUGAUCAAAAUAAGCACAAAAAAGUUCUUCCUAUGCCACCAAAUUCAUUCAUCUUAUUACAACCAAUCAUCAUCGUCUCUCUCUCUUGGAGAUGCAGCAUGAUUAAUGUUUGAGAUGGAAAAGCACAGCGUGGGUUUAGCAACACAGAUAUUGGUGAUGGCGAUAGUGAUUUCAGUGAUGUUGCUGUUUCUGGGCAUGGGCGUUCUAGUCCUCAUCCACGUCUGGAUAGUGGGGCGGACGCUGCGCAACGGCGCUGCUACUGAGAGAAGCACCAACGCGGUGGAGAGAGAGAGCCUGGGGAGCACCAGCAUGUCCCAAGACGACAUCGAGAAGCUUCCGUGUUUCGACUUCGCCGCCAAGGCCAGCAGCCCCGCCGCGGACUGCGCCGUCUGCCUCGAGAGCUUCAGAGCCGGCGAGAGAUGCCGCCUGCUGCCGUCGUGCAACCACAGUUUUCACGCCGAGUGUGUGGAUCUCUGGCUUCUCAGGGCUCCCGUUUGCCCCAUUUGCAGAGCCGCCGCCGCUGAUGAUCUUGUAAGUAUUCUUCCACCGGUUUAUGGAGGAGGUGGUGAUGAUCAUGAGAGAUCUGGACAGAGUUUUCAGGUUGUUGGGAUUCUCGAUAAUGAUAAUAAUUCUACACACACACAAACAACUAUGGAUAUUGAUCAUGUUUAAUUAGGUCAUUAGAUCCAUUGAGUUUCUGCUUUGCAAGUGAAUAUUACUCUCUCCUUACGUACUGCCUCACUUGUCCUAGUUUUUUUUGUUACAAUUAUUU